GUCGGGAUCUCGUGACGAUGGGGAGCCUCGCGGAGGAGAUUAAGGACCACGUUAAGGACGGCAGGAAGCCAAGGAUCCUUUGCCUCCAUGGAUUCCGGACCAGCGGCGAGAUCAUGAGGCGCCAGGUGAUCGGAAAGUGGCCGGCGACGGUGACGUCACGGCUGGACCUCAUCUUCCCCGACGCGCCCUGUCCGGCCGCCGGAAAAUCAGACGUCGAGGGCUUCUUUGAUCCGCCUUAUUAUGAGUGGUUUCAAUCUGAUGAGGAUUACAUGCAUUAUGUGAAUUUGGAUGAGUGUUUUGAGUUUAUUGAAGAUCUGAUGAUCAAGCACGGCCCGAUCGAUGGGUUGAUGGGAUUCUCUCAGGGCGCGAUUUUGUCUGCCGCGUUGGCGGGGAUGCAAGAAAAGGGUUUAGCGUUGACGAGAGUACCAAAGUUGAAGUUCGUGGUCAUCAUCGGAGGCGCUAAGUUCCCAUCACCAACGGUGGCCGAGAAGGCAUAUUCAACUAAGAUUUCGUGCCCCUCUCUUCAUUUCAUUGGUGCAGAGGAUUUCUUGAAUUCUCAUGGGAAAAUACUGCUUGAAUCCUUUGUGGAUCCACUAGUGAUCCACCAUCCCAAGGGCCACACCGUUCCAAGGCUCGAUCCUAAAAAUGAGGAGAUGACCAUGGGUUUUAUAGACAAGAUAGAGAAGACACUCACAUCUUUAGAUGCACCAAAGGAUGAGCAAGAAGAGCAAGAAGAGCACACAAUACUUGUAUGAUUUUUGUUGCAGUUAUAAUGAGUUUAAGUACACCAUUGUUUUACAACAUUGUUUGUACUUGCUGCAAAAUCUAUCAAUUGUUGUAUCUGGAUUAGAUCCACAUUGAACGUCAUUAAAUUCUCUGCAAAGUUCAAAGAUGGUACAACGGUAUUCUUAAA